UGGUAGCAGAUGGCCUUCCGUUUCCGGGUCGGUCGGAUAGUCUCGAAAUUGUGACGGGGCUUUUAGUUGCUCUCCGAAGUGUCGAACUACCGGCCAAAACAAGGGGGAAGAAAGCAAACGGCGGAGCCAUGGUGUUGCUGGAAAGCGAACAGUUUUUGACAGAGCUAACAAGGCUUUUUCAGAAAUGUAGAACCACAGGCAGUGUUUAUAUAACACUAAAGAAAUAUGAUGGUCGGACAAGACCCAUUCCGCGAAAGGGCCAUGUUGAGGGCUUUGAGCCUGUAGACAACAAAUGUCUUCUUAGAGCAACAGAUGGGAAAAAAAAGAUAAGCACAGUGGUGAGUUCAAAGGAAGUUAACAAAUUUCAGAUGGCCUACUCAAAUUUGCUCAGAGCAAAUAUGGACGGUUUAAAGAAGAAAGAUAAGAAAAGCAAAAACAAGAAAAGCAAAGCAACACAAUGACAGAGGACAACAUUCCUGCUUGCAACAGACCCAAAGUCUAGCUUGCAACACUAUUUUUUUUCUUUGUACCAUCACUUCUCCUUUGACUUCAUUUCCAGCUGAUAACUGGAAUGUAUGUAUGCUGUUAAAAACGCAAGUGCUCUGUGGAUUGUGGUUGUAGAAAUAAAUAUCCACAAGACUCGUAUUGAAGCUGA